AUGUCGAGCGGUGAGGAGGAAGAUGAGGAGAAUACCAGUGCUGUUGCGGGCCUGUCUGAUUUGUCUCGUGCAACGUCGAGGCAAAUACUGACGAGAGCAAAUGAGUCAGCGCGAACAAUUUCGUGGGUCGUUGAAGGACCAACCUCCAAAUUAAAUAAGGCGGACCUGGCAGCCAUCAACACCCAGCUGUCGGUGCUCAUGGAAGCCGAGGUAGCAAGCAAGGCCUGGCAGCGAGAGCGAUCGCGCGUACAGAAGGCGGAAGCGGAAGCUAAGGAAGUUAAGAAGAGCGCCAUGGCGGCUGCAAUGAGAGCUUCGGAGGCCGCAGCUUGA